CCAAAUAUGGCACCAGGGUCAUCUAGAGCCAACAUUAGUGUUGGUUCAUUUGAGGCUUUUCUUCAAGGUUGGUUCUUACGUCAAGAACAAUUCUUGAAUGAACUUACCAUAACACAAACCACACUUGAUGAAUCAAUAAUGAGAAACCUUAUUUCGCGUAUUUUAGCUCAUUAUCAAGAAUAUUACGAAGAAAAAUCAAGAAUGUCACAUAUAAAUGUGUUCUACAUGUUUUCACCGUCAUGGUUUACUCCAUUAGAAAAAAGUUUCUUAUGGAUUGCUGGGUUCAAACCAGGAUUAGCUUUUCCCCUUGUUAUGAAUUCCGUUAAUGAUUUGAGUGAAAAUCAAAUCGAAAGGAUUAAUAGGCUUAGAAUCGAAACGAGGAUCGAAGAGAGGAAUCUUAUGGACAAAAUAGCUAAAAUUCAAGAAAGUGUCGCUGCCCCGCCGUUGAUGGGACUCGCACAACAGUACGGAAUGGAAAUGCUUCGAGACGGAGAAAUUACUGAGGUGGAUGAGGAGAUAGAGAUACUAAGAACAGCAGUGGAGAAUGUAGUGACAGAUGCAGAUAGAUUGAGGACAAGAACAGCAGAUAGUGUGGUGGGAAUACUAAAUCCUUUGCAAAGUUUGAAGUUUUUGGCAGCAGCAGCACAACUUCAGCUAAGAAUAAGGAUGGCUGGAAUGCAGAGGGAAGCAGAGAGAAGACACCAAAUGGAUACUUCAAAUGGUUGGUAGAUUUGGUUUUCACUUAAGUUAGAAUGGUAGUUCCCGCCCCUGGGGCGGGAAUCA